AUGGUCAUAGUGCCUGGGGCGACCAUCACGGAGCUAGAGCAGAAGACCAACGAGGCUCUUAAUCGUGUCUCCGGAGAAAUAAGAAGGCUUGGACUGUCUCUGGCGGUAAACAAGACGGAGGCGGUGUUGUUUACAUACAAGUAUAAACAUGGCAAUCCCGCGCUGUUACUUGACGGGCAAGCACUGGUGCUGAAACAGCAAAUGAAGUACCUAGGGAUGGUGGUAGAUGGGAAGCUGUUGUUCAAAGAGCACACCUAUGAUGCCGCAGCAAACCGAAAGACCGAAAGGACGGCAAAUCAAUUAGCGCGGUUUAUACCUAAAAGUGGUGGGCCAAAACAGCUCCGAAGAAAGUUGUACGUGGCAGUUACGCAGUCCGUCCUGCUAUGCGGUUUCCCCUCAUGGGCUCACACGUUGGAGUAUGUCCCGGGCAACGUGGUGCACAUAAAUAGGGUCCAGAGGAAUUCCCUACUCAGAAGUAUAUGCGCGUCUCAGAAACGGCAUCAAACAUCCAGUCCGGGGUGCCCCCUGCUGACCUUCUCGCCCAGAACGCAGCAUGUUGUUCCAGGGAAUUAG